AUGGCACUUAAAAGAAUUCAAAAGGAACUUGCAGAUCUCCAGCGUGACCCUCCUACAAACUGCAGCGCUGGGCCAACUGAUGACAAUGAUCUCUAUAACUGGACUGCGACUUUAAUUGGUCCAGAUGAUUGUCCAUACCAAGGUGGGGUCUUCUUCUUAAAUAUCCAAUUCCCCACUGAUUAUCCUUUCAAGCCUCCAAAGGUGACGUUCACGACACGUAUUUACCACCCAAAUAUCAACGCGAAUGGAGGCAUUUGCUUGGAUAUUUUGAAGGACCAGUGGAGCCCUGCUUUGACAAUCAGCAAAGUUUUAUUGUCGAUCAGCUCUUUGCUAACAGAUGCUAAUCCUAAUGACCCAUUGGUGCCUGAAAUCGCACAUCUUUAUAAGAACGACAGAGCAAGGUAUGAUGCAACUGCAAGAGAGUGGACAAGAAGGUAUGCAGCAUAA